AUGAAUAGAGCAAAAUCAAUAAAUUAAAACAUAUCAGACAAAGAAAAAGAUCCAUAUGAAUAAUUUGAAUAUUAAUUAUACGCUUAACUUAAACAUAAGGGUUGGUGCCAAUCGAUGGCCUUUACAAAAGGAAACUCCCUAUUGUUUACUUAGUUUAAAACUUUAAUUAAAGUAUUAUGUAUUCAUGAAGGGUAAAUGAAUCAAAUUCAAAUCUUAUCAAGUCAUAAAACAUUUCUUACAACAAUUACUGUUUUGUAGAAAUUCAAUUCUCUUAUUUCUACAAGUUAAGAAGGAUAAAUUCAUGUUUGGUCAAUGGUUCCUAUUGCAAAACCAAUAAUUAUCAAGAAAUUUGAUGCCCCUUCAUCCUUAGUGAGUUGUUUACUUUAUAAUGAAAGUUAUGAUAUUAUUAUAACUGGAAGUAAUAAUAUUAUAAACUUUUGGAAGAAUCCAAUGAAAUGGUUACUCAUUUAAUCAAUAAAUGAUCAUUCAGGUGCUGUCUGGGCAUUAAGUUUGAAUUAAAAUGAAAAUAAACUAAUAUCUUGCGGUUGGGAUAAGACGAUAUUAAUUACAGCAAGAUAAAAUAAUGAAAGUUGGGUUGUAGUAUAAAAAAUUGUUGUUAAGGAUUAUGGAUAUAGACUCUGUUUUCUCGAUGAUGAUUAUUUUUUAUAUUAACCUUAAUUUACAAGAUCAACGGUACUCUUUUCAAUAUCAGAUAAUGGUUGCAAAGUAAAACAAGUUAAAGAAAUCUCAUUAGUGUAAAACCAAAAAGAUUGUGAUGCAUUUUUUCCAAUGUAAUUUGAAAAAUAAAAAAAAAUCAUUUUGAAUAAAUUUGGCAAUACAAUAAUGGUGUUAAAAGUCAUAGGAAAAGAAUAAAUACAAAUUGUAUAAUUUAUUAACUUUAAUUCUCAUCAUGUUUUUGGGAGGAUGAGCGAUGAUGGGGAAUUUCUUGUUAUUUGGGAUGAAAGUUCAAAUAAAUUAUAGAUAAGAAAACUUUGUAAUCUUUGA